GCGAUGUUAACAGUUCAAUGGCCGAUGUCGGCAGAAUAGAUACAUACCUAAUAAUUCAUACUAAAGAUCGACCCCGGAAAACUUUACUCCUGCUUGCUUGUUUGCUUGCUUGAAUUCUGGUAGGUGUCCAAACCGACUCAUUCUACUCUAUACUGUCAGGGUAUCCAAGAUCGUCGAAAAUUACUACUGGUCAUUACUACGCGGUAAAUCAAAUUAACUUUGGAGUCAUAAUUGAAUCCCUGGUCGAAAUAGAGUCUGCCAAGUAAUAUUUACACCGGCGCUCCCUCGUCAUACCAAAGACAAACUUAUCGAAUUUCAAUCAGAAGAUAUUUCUCUUCAAGUGUCACCUCAAUGGAAUCUUUGAUAGACCUGUCAGAUGCCAAUUCGGCUCUGGAUCUUAAACAAAUUCGUUUCCAAUUAAUUCGACUUGAGGACAGCAUCACGUUCCACCUGAUUGAACGUGUGCAAUUUCCCCUCAACAAAAACAUCUACGUCUCUGGUGCUGUCAAAAUUCCAAACAGCACGUUGAGUUUUAUGGAUUGGUGCUUGUGGGAACAGGAAAGGGUCCAGUCUCUAAUUCGCCGCUACGAGUCUCCGGAUGAAUACCCCUUUUUCCCCGAAGCACUGCAGUCUCCCAUUUUGCCCUCUUUGAACUACCCCAGGAUAUUAAAUCCCAAUGAUGUCAAUGUCAACACCAAGAUCAAGGAGUUCUACACCGAGCAUUUCCUACCUGCUGCCUGCCCUAAGCCCGAGCAUGGGGAUAGAGGUGCCGGCCAGGAGAACUAUGGAUCAUCCGCCACGGCGGACAUUGCUUGCCUUCAAGCCCUCUCGCGCCGCAUUCACUUUGGCAAGUUUGUGGCCGAGUCAAAGUUCCGAAGCGAAGAGAAGAAGUACACCGAGAUGAUCAAGGCCGGCGACCGACAGGGCAUCGGCAAAGCUAUUACCAAUGAGGCGGUUGAAAAGCAAGUUCUGGACAGGCUGAGGCUCAAGGUCCAGACCUACGGCAGGGAUCCUAUCACCAUGUCAGAGCAUGACAUACCGUCUAAGAUUAACGUGGAAGCUGUUGUUUCCAUGUACCGGGAUUACGUCAUUCCCUUGACCAAAGAGGUCGAGGUCGAGUAUCUGAUGCAAAGGCUGCAGCCGGCAGCCUGAGAGGGCAAGCAUGCACUUGCUGCCAUGUUGCAAGGAUCCUGGCAUUGAUAGCACCAUCAGUUCACACACAUAGAAGUAUACACGAUAGCCUAGCACUUCAAUUUUCGGUGUCAACGGAUUUCUUUUUCUUUGGUCUAGGAUGGUGGACUGAGGUAAUCACCAAUGGCCUUGACAGCCCCUUGGAAUUUGCUCGCCUCAAUCAAAAUCAUGUGUCCCUGAGUCUUGACUCCCAUCUCCUGGAAAGCUCUCUUACUGUCCGCCACAGAUUCGUCCGAUUUGGUGUAUG